CGUAGCCCCAGUCUGACGGGGCGGGGGGGAUGUGAGUAGACCCCCAUCGCCAGAAAAGCCCCCUCCGCUCAUCCUCCCCUCUCUGCCACCGCCACCGCCCUCGCUCGCCGCUCGAUUCCAAGCGACGGCUGGAGCCGACUCAGCCACCCGCGUGCCACCGAGACCGAAACAUCACCGACAAUGUCCAAGUGCCCGAAAUGCGAGAAGACGGUGUAUUUCGCCGAGAAGGUGACGUCACUGGGCAAAGAUUGGCACAAGUUUUGUCUCAAAUGCGAGCGCUGCAGCAAGACGCUGAGCGCCGGCAGCCACGCCGAGCACGCUGGCAAGCCCUACUGCCACAAGCCGUGCUACGCCACACUCUUUGGACCCAAGGGCGUCAACAUCGGCGGCGCGGGCUCCUACAUCUACGAGCCGCCGGCGGCGGCGGCCGCCACGGCAGACGGAGGCCCCGGUUCGACCCCGGCUCCUGACCAGCCGGCCGCGACCUCGGCCGCCAAGGGGGCCGCAGCCCCCUCCAAGACGGCGAGCAAAGUGAGCACCAGCAUGACCUCGUUUGCGGGGGAGGUGUCGCUCUGCCCACGCUGCGGAAAGAAAGUUUACUUCGCGGAGAAGGUCACGUCUCUGGGUCACGACUGGCACCGCCCGUGCCUGCGCUGCGAGCGAUGCAGCAAAACCCUCGCUUCGGGAGGUCACGCCGAGCAUGACGGGAAGCCUUACUGCCACGUGCCGUGCUACGGCCUCCUCUUCGGCCCCAAAGGAGUGAACACGGGAGUCGUGGGCUGCUACAUCUACGAGAACGAGAACGGCACUGCCGCGGAGAACUGAGAGCCACGCCAACUCCAGAUCACCCCCCCACCACCCCCGAUCCCUUACCCCCCCCCACCAUCCCCCCC